GCGGGGAGGGAAGCCCCGAGGCCGCCUGGCAAGGGCGAGAGGUGCCAGCCAGUGAAGGAAGAGCAGCAUUAUGACAGAGAAGAGAGCAGCCUUCGCUCAUCCACCCCCGCAAAAAAAGAAGAAAAGAAGCUGGUGCCCUCCAGGUGUUUUUGCAUUACAGUUCCUAUUGCCUGGCCUCCCUCCGGAUGGGAGUUGUAGUCCAAAAACUCCCAUGGGGCUUGUAGUCCGAAAACAUCUGUCGGGGGCCAAAUGCGAGGAGGGGAAGGGAGCUGGAAGAUGAUAGUGGUCACAUCCAUACAAGACCUUCAAAGCACUAACAGCCACAGCUUCUUCCAAAGAUUCCUGGGAAUUGUAAUUUGUAAAGGGCCUUGACAGCUGCUAGGACAGGCAUCCCCAAAACUGGCCUUCCAUUUGUUUUGGGACUACAAUUCCCAUCAUCCCUGACCACUGCCCCUGUUAGCUAGGGAUGAUGGGAGUUGUAGUCCCAAAACAUCUGGAGGGCAGAGUUUGGGGGUGCCUGACCUGUGAACCUUCUGCAUGCAAAGCUGGGGCUCUGCCACUAAGCUUGUGGAACAGAAGGAGCUACUUCAGAUUGCUCUGCCCCUGAUAUCUCCCACCCCUCUCUUAACUGAAUCUCUGCCUUAGGGGUCUGUCCUAUCUUGAGUCAGACCAGUGGUCCAUCUAGCUCAGUAUUGUCUGCACUGACUGGCAGCAGCUCUCCAGGACUUCAUUCAUGGUUCUCUCCCAGACGUACCUGGAGAUGCCAUUGGGGACUGAACCUGGCACCUUCUGCAGGCAAAGAGAUCCAUAAAACACUGAGCCAUAGCCCUUUGUGUGGGAUCUGGGGCUGCUCAACCCAAGCCCUGAGGAGGGGGUCAUACAAUUUCCAAAAAGACAGGUGCAGGGGCUCAAGGCACCAUCUCCUCACACAUGGUUCCCUUGCCCUUGACCCCAUGCAGUGAUGGCUGGUGUCUAUUGGGAAUGAUGGGGUGGAGUGCAAGAAUCCCGACAGUAUGUCGUACCAAGAGCCAAUGACAGGCAAAGCCAACUCUAGUUCGGUCCCCAUCCUCAUCCUCCUUGUAAACUCAGCAGGGAGGAGCAGGAGGAAGCAAAUUGGCAGUGCUACCCUCUAGACUGGUUUUGAAUAAGCAGCUAGCUAGGGAUUGGCCAAGGGCAGGGAAGACUGGUGGUGGAGCAGUGCCCCAUUUGCCCCAAUGGGCCAGCACCCACUGAUCCAACGUAUGAGUGGUGAGCUGAAGACACGGCACUCCACACAUGCUCAGGAGCUCUUUCUCUGUAGUGUCACAUCACAUUUUCCAAGGCUGAGCUCCAAGACUGGAAAAGGAGGGUUCAGGAGCUGAGGCCAGGCAAGAAUCGAGCCCUGCAUGUUUUAGGUUAUGUGUACAAAAAGAGUCAUCACAGGUCAGUGACCCAACAGUAUGAGCACACUUAAUCUUUGGGGCUUUUGAAAAUAAUCAUAAUAACCACAACAACUCACAGCAUGCUCAGUUUGGCAUGUAGAUGUGAUACGUUUAUUUUAUUAAUAGUCAUACUUUUAUUCAAAGGAGGAACAGAUGGGCCUCAAGGCCUUCUCCCCAUUCCUCAUUUCAUCCUGACAGCAGCUUUGUGAAGCAGGCUAGUGCUGGCUGAUGGUAACUGGCCAAAGUCACCCAUGGUUGAGUGGCGAUUUGAGCCCAUGUCUCCCAGGUCCUAGUCCAAGACCCUAACCACUACACCACACUGCCUCUCAGGCACACUGUCUGGGGCUGCUGAGAACGUGAAAACAUCUGGAGGGCACUCGGCUGGCUUCUGCCCCCUGCGCAUGCUGAAACAGCCCUCCAUAAAAUUUCUGACGAGCUCCUCACCUCCAUAUCCAACAAUAUGGAGCUAGAUCCUUAUCCCUCUUGAUCUCUCAGUACAAUCUCUCCUGCUUGACUCCCUUUUUACCCUAGGACUUUCAUGUUUCUUUUUUAUUCUAUUGUCAUUAUUUGUAAGUGGCUUUUUUUUACUAUAAAGCAGGGGUCAGCAAACUUUUUCAGCAGGGGGCCGGUCCACUGUCCCUCAGACCUUGUGGGGGGCCGGACUAUAUUUUGCGGGGGGGGGGGGAUGAACGAAUUCCUAAGCCCCACAAAUAACACAGAGAUGCAUUUUAAAUAAAAGCACACAUUCUACUCAUGUAAAAACAUGACCGUCUGUGGGCUGGAUUUAGAAGGUGAUUGGGCCGGAUAUGACCCCUGGGCCUUAGUUUGCCUUCCCAUGCUACAGGAACAAGUAGAAACAAAUUGAAAUUUACAACACGCAGCACAGAGCAAUUUAAACCCCCAGCAAUGUAAAUCAUUCCAGGGGGUGUUAAAUGCACAAUUGUGCUAAAACAUGAGAGUCAUUUCGCUUUGUUCUUAUUGAAGCCAAGUAUGACUAUACUGUAUACUGGAGGAACAAUGGGAUGAUUAUGUUCUGCCUUAUUAGCACAGGAGAGAAAGUGAUGCCAAAUUGCACACAAAAAAUUGUCCUGUGUGCUUUGUCCCCUGACAACCUUUUAACGCUGGGGAGAUCUUUUCAAGCGAGGCUGCUUGCCAUAUUUUACUAAUAAUUUAGAUUUGUCAAAGGGAAGGUUUCCCCAGAAUUUAGCAGCAGACACCAAAAGGUGAGUAACAAUUGGGUUUUGAAAUUGUGCUGCUGCGGUAGAAGGAGGUAAGUGGGGAAAAGGCAGCUGUCUGGAAGAGGGAAAGUGGGGAGAGGUACUGCUCCCCUUGUGAAAGCAGGUGUCUCUAAGAGGCUGGUGUCUCUGGGAGGUCAUUUUCAUCAGGCCUAGACCCACCUGGCACUAUAGACAUCAGGCCAAACCUGCCCACCUUAAGCUGUACCUGGGCUGGGGAAGUGAGGAUUUAAGGCCAACCUACCAGGGGUGACCCCAGAGGAGUUUGUCUCUUUGGGGUGCAAAGAGAGCUCACCUGUUUUAGUUUUUUUAUGUGCAUAGGUUUCUGUGCGGUGUCGUUUGUCUAUUUCUCUGGGGGUUUGCUGUGGUUUUUUUCCUGGGCCAUUUCUGAGGUGAGAGGCUGGAUGUUUUGAUUUGAUGUAAUACUCGUACUUCUGCUUUUCCAGCAGCAAAGGUUGAGUUCCAAGUGGCACCAAAAAAACGGCGACAAUUAGAAUAAUAGAAUUGCGUACAACAGCAGCAAGAAUACUUAUUGCAAAGUAUUGGAAGACACAAGAUCUACCCACACUGGAGGAAUGGCAGAUGAAAAUGAUGGACUAUAUGGAAUUGGCGGAAAUGACUGGCAGAAUCCGAGACCAGGGAGAAGAGUCGGUGAAAGAAGAUUGGAAGAAAUUUAAAGACUACUUACAGAAAUAUUGUAAAAUUAAUGAAUGUUAGAAUGAUGACGGAUUGAAGUUAAGCGGUUUCUAGCAGUAAUGGUUAAAAGAAUUGGAAAAAUUGGUUUUUAAUAGGUAAAAAUUUAAUUUUAUAAUACAUCAAGAUUAAAGAUCAGGAUUAAAAAGGAGGAAAGGAAGUGCUGGACUAACAAACUGAACUGGAAUACAAAAGAGGGAGGUAUGAGGAGGUCCGGGAAACAAGUAAACGUAAAAGAAGUGAUGAAAAGAUGGAAUUGUUUUUAACUGUUUUUUCUUUUUUGUACUUUGUAUUUUGUAUUUUUCUUUUUAUUGUUAAUUUUCUUAUUAAUGUGAUCUCUUUCUUUUGAAAUUUUAAUAAAUAUCAUUAAAAAAAAAAAAUAGAAUAAUAGAAUUGCGGAGUUGGGAGGGACCUUGAGGAUCAUCUAGUCCAACCCCCUGCAAUGCAGCUGGGGGAUCGAAUCUGCAAGUUUGGCGUUAGCAACACCAUAUUCUAACCAACUGAGUGUUGCCGUCGCUGCAAUAUCAAACACAGCAGCAGAUAAAUAUAGCUCACAACAAGAACAGAUUCAUCAAAGCAAUUAAUACAAUUAAGUGAAGUCACAGCAUAAUUCAAAAUAUGUGGCCUGGAUUGGUGUAAGUGAAAGUGGUUUCAUGCUCCUGAAUGAAAGUGUUCCCUUCCUGGGUGUGAGGCAGGAGGGGAGUGUGGAGUUUUUGUCCCAGGAUAACUCUCUUACUGGAGGCUUUAUGGCGGCCUUUACCAAUGGCCUGUCAAAAUAUGUCCAUAAAACCUAUUUUCCCCAAGCCUGGUGCCCUCCAGAUGUUUUGGACUACAAAUCCCACCAGCCUCAGUCAGCCAGGUCACGCUUCCAUUAGCCCCAGAACCGUACCUGGUUCUGCUGGCUGGGGCUAAUGGGAGUUGUAGUCCAAAAAUCUGCAAAGCACCAGGCUGGGGAAGGCUGCUUGGAGUUUUUUUCUGUCAGAUCGUACUGCGCAUGCUUCAUUUUAGCUGCGGCCUGUUCCUCCUGCAAAUGAACAGAAGGGGCAGUUUUUCUUGGGCGGCAGGCAGGAUGAGUCCAUAGAUGCACCAAAGUGUAUUAGAAACAUGUUGCUGGAGGGAAGGACGUGCUUUUCUACACACUUACCUGGGAGCAACUCCCAUGGAACUUAUGCUUGAGUAGACAUGUGUAGGUUUCCACUGUAAAAUCCCGGUUUUCUUCAUUGUUUGGGUAGGCCUCACAAAAAGGAACUCGGAAGUCAGAUACUUGAUGUGUAUCUAUAAUUUUGGCAAGUCUAUGAAAAGACACUAGAAACGUAAGACUUUGGGUUUUUUUCUUUUGUGCGCAGGCGCGUAUUUGCCCUUUGAUUUCUUCCGACGCAAGCGUAGUUUGAACCCGGCAAGAUCUGGCGUUCUGAAGGUAAGCGUCCUUUUCGCACCCCCUCUCCACCCGCCAGUCCCCAAUAAAUGGGGCAGGGAAUCUCCCUCUGUGCAUCAGAGACAGUGCUCUGCGAUGAAAAUAUAAUGUAUAAUUGCAAGUUUUCAUUCUUAUUCCAAUAUUUAUUUUAAUUUAUGUUGCAUUUUAAUUUUUGCAAUGCUCACCCUUUCCCUCUUGUUUGCUUUCAGCGGUCCAAACUUAUUUUAUUUGCUUCUUGGAUUUAGAUGCCCUUUUUCCUCUGAGGAGCUCAAAGUGCCCUCUGUUCCAGCCUUCCAUUUUAUUGUCACAACUAGGCUGUGAGCCUUGUUUGGUUUGGACUCGAUAGAACUGGGCUUUGAACCCAGGACUAGUCAGACACACUCCAGCUGCUGCAUCACUCCUUGCCUUGUUACCUCUCCUUGGGUGGGUGGGGGAAGCAGCGAUCGGCUGCAUGUCACUAUUGAUAUUUGGGGAGUGUACUGUGUGCAUUGAGGGGGCUGUAUAAAAAUGAAAAAACAACAACAAACAUUGCAAUUCAAGGCUGAGCUAAUCCAUAUUGCCUGAAUAGCUUGAACCCACCCUCACCCUACCAGCCCUCUCCAGUGCGUGUGCUCUGCUCUACAAAUUUGAUCCAGGUUCCUAACAGUUUUUUAAUAAGGGUCUACACACGCACUUGGGGUUUCUUUCAGAUUCCUGCAUCCUCCUUCUGAAAGAUGCAGGGACAUGGCAACAUACAUAGACAGGCAGGCAGGCAGACAGAAAGUCUUGCAGUGACUCCAUGGAAAACAGUGUGAUUUGAGCGUGGCUUGUCAGUUUAGCAUAAGAACAUAAGAAUUUGCUCCACUGGGUCAGACCGAUAGCCCAUCUAGUCCAGCAUCCUGUCCUCACAGUGGCCAAUCAAAUGCCUCUUCUGGGAAGCCCCCAAGCCGGACCAAGCACAAGAGCCCUCUCCCAUGCUGCAGUAUUCAGAAGCAUUGCUGCCUCUGACUGUGAAGACAGAGCAUAGCCAUUGUGGCUAGUGGACAUGUUGUCAGCUCUCAGCUCCUUCCUGGGCAGUGCUGAGUCUCCCACUUCCUGCCAGUGUCUCUUUGGGAGAAGGUAGGGCAUCUCCUCUCUAGCCACAUGGGUGGGACUCCGACCCCUCUCUCUUUCUGUGUCCUUAGAAACCUGGACCAUGAACACAGCACAGGGCACUGUGGGCAGCGACCCCGUCAUCUUGGCCACUGCCGGCUAUGACCACACAGUUCGCUUCUGGCAGGCCCACAGUGGGAUAUGCACCCGGACCGUCCAGCACCAAGAUUCUGUAUCCUUUUGAUGCGCCAGCUGUAACAGGAUUUUGGCUCUGCUAACCUUACUUAGUGUUUCACUUUAACUACGUGGGCCAGCCUGUUCUGUCUUCCUUAACCACAUUUGCCAGCAGGUCAAUGCUCUCGAGAUCACCCCAGAUCGGAGCAUGAUUGCUGCUGCAGGUAAGUAUGGCUUAUUCCAAGAGCAUGGAGGUGCAACCUUGUCUUUCCAACCUUGUAUCUCCAAGGGCAUGAUGUCUGUAAUGCUGAUGGCUCUGCCAAGGAAUUGUGAGACAUCUAACAGGGAAUUCUCUCCAUGAUCACAAAGCUAUGGCCUCAGGAGAAGCUAGGGAGGUUAUUUCCAGCCCAGAGAACCACCCCCAUGCUUGUUAGUUGAUGCCAGCCAUAUCAUCAGGUAAAGUGAAGGAAAUGCAACAUGCCCCAUCCCACUGCCCUGGUCAUUCCUUUCCCCUGUCCUUAUUUGGAGUUGAUCGAUUACAUUUAUAUUCCACCUUUUUAUCCAAAGAGCUCAAGGUGGUGCCCAUGGUUCUCCCUCUCCUUAUUUAAUCCCCACAUCAACUCUGUGAGGUAGCUUAGGUUGUGAGGCAGUGAUUGGCCCACACGGUCACCCAGUGAGAUUCAUGGCCAAGUGGGGAUUUGAACCCUGGACUCCAAGGACCUAGUCUGACACUCUAACCAUUACGCCACACUGGCUCUCCAGUUAGGAUGGGAGCAGGGCUAGGAAGAAAGGACAGACACAGAAGAGGGGACCCUUCUGUUGUUUAUAGUGUUGGGAUUUACUGUUACAGGGAUUCCUGGUUAAUAAGAUAAACUGCUUACAGUUCAUAGAAUCAUAGAACUGGAAAGGACCUCAUAAUUCUAGUCUAACUUCCACUAAGACAUUUACUCCUAAUAGAGAAUAACUUUGCUUUUAAACCUCCGAAGUUUAGUUGAAACCCUGCUUUUGAACCCACCGGUGUAGGUCCUACCUACCUGAGUAUGAGCAAACCAAAAUAAAUUUCAGUUUGCUGUCUCCAUCUCCUUAAUACUUGCCACUGCAGCUGAAGGAGAAUGACCGCUUUAAUCUUUUGUGGGUCUUGACACGAGUUCUUAUUCUGCCAGUUUUCUGCAGAAAAUUCUGUGCAAAGAUCAAAUUUGUGCUUUUGAACUAGCUAUGAACUAAUUCGGGGGUCUUUUGCCCAGGCUAUCAACACAUCCGUAUGUAUGACUUGAACUCCAAUAACCCAAACCCUGUUAUCAACUACGACGGUGUCAGCAAGAACAUCACCUCUGUUGGCUUCCAUGAAGAUGGCCGCUGGAUGUACACGGGAGGCGAGGACUGCAUGGCCCGCAUCUGGGACCUCAGGUAAGCCUCUGGAGCUCUGCUCCUUUUCAUAACCCGGAGAAAGGGGAUAGAGAAAAGUUUUUCUCCCGCUCUCACAGGAGACCCGGUGAAGCUGCAUGUUGGAAAACUCAGGACAGAAAAAAGAAAUGAUUUCAUCAUACAGUGCACAGUUAAAUUAUGGAGCUUACACCCACAGGAGGCAGUGAUGGCCAUCAAACUGGAUCGCUUUAAAAGGAGAUUAGAAAAAAUUAGUGGAGGAGAAAAAUAGUGAUAGCCAAUAGCCACAUCGGCUAUGCUUUGCCUCUGUGGUUGGAGGCAGAAAUACUUCUGAUGUGCCAUUGACCUGAUACAGCAUCAAAGCUUUUCUUAUGACCAUGGAUCUGCAAGGAAAGUCAGUGAGUUUGACGAUCUGCAAGAUACACAGGAGUUUCUUUCCUCAAAUCAUGCUUAAGCAGCAUUGUAGGCAAGAAGGCAGGUGUCAUGGGGUCAUGGCCAGUGGUUCUUGCAGCCUAAAUCAGAUGCUGUCUCAGUUUAGGCUGGCACCACAGAACUGGAAGAGACUUGAAGUUUGACUCCCAGUGCAGGAACAAGGUUGUCUGAGCCAAGGGUUUUCCAGCGUGACCUCAAGCAAAACUCCCAUCCCACUGAGUUUAAUGAGCUUUCCUUCCUAGUGAAUUAAUUUAUCUAUAAGAAUAUUUAUAUACCAACUUGCAAAAAAAAAUCUGGUGGUGUACAAUAAAAUCAUUUAAAACAUCCAGAAAUUGUAAGAUCAUAGAAUACAGAACUCAGAAUUAAAAGUGGUUAUCUAAAGUUUUAGGAUUGCAGCCUGCAUGCUGAAUCUGCAUCUAGUGGCUUGCCAGUUUAAUUCUUGACAGUCUUGUUUAAUGUUACAAGAGAAAGGAGAGUAGAAGGAAGAGGGGGAGAAGUCCAGCUUGUCUGACCUAAAGUUUGGGAGCUUUGGGAGUGAACAAACUGCUGAAUUUCAGAGGGGUUGCUGUGUUAGUCUGUUGCACCUUAAGGCAAAGAAAUUUAUAAUGGUAUAAGAUUUAGAGAUGACAUGCCACUUCAUUGGAUGCAUGAUCUGUUAUCCUGAGUUGCAGGAGUGGAUAUAUUGAGGGUGAACUUUAAAUUAUGAUUGGGGGGGGGGGAUGGAUGGGGGAUGGAUCACAAUGUAAGUUUACCGGUGGCACUGUGGGUUAAACCACAGAGCCUAGGACUUGCCGAUCAGAAGGUCGGCGGUUCGAAUCCCUGCGACGGGGUGAGCUCCUGCCAACCUAGCAGUUCGAAAGCACGUCAAAGUGCAAGUAGAUAAAUAGGUACCGCUACGGCGGGAAGGUAAACUGUGUUUCCGUGCGCUGCUCUGGUUCACCAGAAGCGGCUUAGUCAUGUUGGCCACAUGACCCAGAACCUGUCUGUGGACAAACGCCGGCUCCCUCGGCCUAUAGAGCGAGAUGAGCGCCGCAACCCCAGAGUCGGUCACAACUGGACCUAAUGGUCAGGGGUCCCUUUACCUUUAGUUCAGGAAGAGGAAUCUGCACAUUUAGGAUGUGAUCCCCUAAGCAUUGUUUAAUGCGCUCCACCGAGGAUUUGGCCAGGAGAUGUUUCUUUGAAAUAUAAGAUCUGAUUGCAUAGGAGGCUUUCCUAGGGAAUGAAGUUCACAAAAAGUGCUUUGGAGCUCCCUGGAGUAAUGGCAGUGAAGGGGUUAUGCUUUGGCUCACCUGUCAUUCUGCCUGCAUCUGUUCUGUUACAGGUCCCGCAACCUCCAGUGCCAGCGCAUUUUUCAAGUGAAUGCCCCCAUCAACUGUGUUUGCCUCCAUCCCAAUCAGGUAUGAAUCCCAGAUUUGUAGAGUUGGAAGGGACCCCAAUGGUCACCUAGGCCAACCCCCUGCAAUGCAGGAAUUCCAGCUAAAGUCACUGACAUGUGGCCAUCCAAUCUCCAGUGAAGACUGCUCUUGGCAUCAGGGAUGUCUUCCUAAUGUUUAGUUAGAAUCUCCUUUCUUUUCAUUUGAAUCCAUGGGUUCAGGUUCUCCCCUCCGGAACAUCAGAAAACAAGCUUGCUCCAUCUUCCAUGUGACAGCUCUUCCAAUAUCCGAAGGUGGCUCUCAUAUCACCUCUCACCAGGCUAGAGAAACCCAAACCAGUCAACAUGAAGCCCUCCCAUCCACACAUUCUAGAUACUUUUAUUUUCUGACAUUCCUAUUCCACCUUUCGUCCCUUGUGGAAUCCAAAAGGGUGGGUUUCUGGGUUUCCAGACAGUCACCCACCCAGGCACUGACCAGACCCAGACCUGCUUAGCUUCAGCAGGGAGGUGGCCUCACGUGCCUUCAGACCAUCCCCUGGGAACAUCUCCCCUUUUCAUGCAGUCUUCCAAAUGGUGGGGAUUUGCAGGGUCUGUCGUCUUGAGAGGUGAUGGCCCUUUUUGUGUGUGUUUCUGUCCACAGGCAGAACUUAUCGUUGGGGACCAGAGUGGGGCCAUUCACAUCUGGGACUUGAAGACGGACCACAAUGAACAGCUCAUCCCAGAGCCGGAAGUCUCUGUCAACUCUGUUCAUAUUGAUCCUGAUGCCAGCUACAUGGCUGCCGUUAACAGUUCAGUAAGUGCUGGCUGGCUUUGUGGUGCAGUGAUGCGCUACAGCCUGCCUAUUGCUUCUCGGCCAGUGUCUUGUUUAAAGAGUCCACAGUGGCUGUGUCUGCACGUUGCACUAAACCAGGGUUUGUUUUAACCAUGGUUUGUUCAACAAACCAUGAGUUGCCUGACAGAGGAACAAACAAGCCAUCCAAAGUUUUUGUUUUCCAGAUGCUCUUGCCUCGGGCCGCUGUAGCUCAGCGAAGGCCUGGGGUGGGUUGGUCAAACAAAUCAUGGUUAAGCAAGGCUCCUCAGUUUGCCAAACCAUAGUUACCUCAAACCAUGCUGGGCUGGGUUUGCACAUGCCAGUUAGGUUAACUAACUAUGGCUUGGUGUCAUGUGACAACCAGAUCUAAGCCUUCAAGGGAUUUGGCAGGCAGAUGGCCUCUCAGAUGUUUCAUUCCCCUCCCAUUGCAGGGAAACUGUUACGUGUGGAAUCUCACAGGUGGCAUAGGUGACGAGGUGACGCAGCUCAUCCCAAAGACCAAGAUUCCUGCGCACAGCCGCUAUGCUCUCCAGUGCAAAUUCAGCCCAGACUCCACGUGAGUAGGACUGGCUUUCUAGGGUUUCAUAUGGUGGGGGCGGGAGACAGCAUUCCCAGCCCUAUCUGCAGAUGCCAUAAGGCUGCCUGCCUGCAUAGCAGAUUCUCUUACCACUGAGCUACAGACCUUCCCUAUAAGGAUUCUUUUUGGGACCCAUAACUAUGGAAGCUUUCUCCAUUUAGUGCCAGUGUGCUGUAGUGGUUAGAGCGUUGGACCAGGACCUGGGAGACCAGGGUUCAGAUUCCCACUCUGCCAUGAAGCCCACUGGGGGACCUUGGGGGGCCAGUCACUGCCUCAGCCUCAAUCUACACCAGAGGGUUGUUGUGAGGAUUAAAUGAGGAAGGGGAGAACUGUGUAUGCCACCUUGAGGAGGGGAUGAAAAUAAUCAAUACAUUCUUUAAAAUCCGGCAGUAUAAAUAGGGACUUUAUGUUAUCGGUUAUUUUGGGUGACACUUCUAGCCUGUGUUCCACCUGCCGUGCCCCACUCUGACUCGUCUUCUGUCUUCUGUUCCAGGCUUUUGGCGACCUGUUCUGCUGACCAAACCUGCAAGAUAUGGAGGACGUCUAACUUCUCUCUGAUGACAGAAUUGAGCAUCAAGAGCAACAACCCAGGGGAAACCUCCCGCGGCUGGAUGUGGGACUGCGCGUUUUCAGGGGACUCUCAGUACAUUGUCACAGGUGAACAAGGGUGGACCCACCUUUCCUUGGAGAAUUAAUAGGAAGGAUGACGAGGGACAUUAAGCCCCCUGUGGCCAGGCCAAGCUAUUUUGAAACCUUAUGUAGAAAAUCAAAUGAUGCCCGUCUCAUUUCUCCUUCCCAACCUACUAAAAACACGAAGAUUUUGAACAACGUACACAUUGUUAAACAGUACAGUGGUACCUCGGGUUAAGAACUUAAUUCGUUCUGGAGGUCCAUUCUUAACCUGAAACUGUUCUUAACCUGAGGUACCGUAUUUUUCGCUCUAUAACAAGCACCUGACCAUAACACGCACAUAGUUUUUAGAGGAGGAAAACAAGAAAAAAAAAAUCUGAAACGGUGGAUGUAUCAUUUUUGUGCUUCAUGCUGUGGCCACAGACAUGUGAUUUGACGGUGAGUUUGGGGUAGCCCAAUGCAAAAAUCCUGAGAAUCCAUGUGGAUCUGUGCUUUGUAACCACGUUUUUGCAACAGUGGGUGCGUGAUUUUUUUGGUGCAGGCUGUACCCAUGGACAUGCUAUGUGAUCUGAUGGUGAAUUUGGGGUGACCCAAUGCAAAGAUCCUGAGGAUCCAUGUGGAUCCGUGCUUUGUAACCAUGUUUUAAGUGGGGAGGGAAGGAAAAACACAGAAGGGACAAAGAGCAUGAGAGGGGUGUGCAGCUGGCUAACAAUGCAGGAGAGGGGUUUAACGGGAAGGAGGAAAGGAAGGCAAGUUUCCCCCCACCCACCCAAGCCAGCCCUCUCCCUCCCUCCCUCUCUCUCUCUUUGUCUGUCUCCCUCCCACCUGCAUGUUUUCCGGCUGCGUGCGAGUCCCUAGAAUGCUGGACGCAGCAGCAGCAGCACGGAUAGGAGGAGGUGGUGACUGUAGGCUGCGCUCCUAGCCAACGGAACCUGAGCCGGGUGGGCUGGAGCCUGCGUGCAGUGUGACCAAGAAGGAAUUAGAAGGAAGGACGCAAUCCUUUCCUUUCCCCUCUGCUUGCCAGGAGGGCAGGGGAUUUCCCUGCUCUUUGCUGCGUUUGAGCAAACACAGCAACCGAAGAGGGUGGGCAGUAAGACCUUGAGGCAGAAUGCAGGAAAGCAGCAGCCUCGCUUCUGAAGCCUUCCCUCCUCCGCGACACGCGCGAUCUGAUUUUUGCUCCUGCACUCAGACCAGUCGGCUCCAGGGGCCACACAUUCGCUCAGUAACACGCACAAACAUUUCCCCUUACUUUUUAGGAGAAAAAAUGUGCGUGUUAUAGAGCGAAAAUUACAGUACCACUUUAGGUAAUGGGGCCUCCUGCUGCCGCUGCGGCGCAAUUUCUGUUCUCAUCCUGAAGCAAAGUUCUUAACCCGAGGUAGUAUUUCUGGGUUAGUGGAGUCUGUAACCUGAAGCGUCUGUAAUCCGAGGUACCACUGUAUAUAAUUCUAUAAAUGCUUUAUGAAGUAGCUCACUAAUAGUUACGGCAACCUUGUAAAGCAGUUCAGUGUCACCCAUAUAUUGCCGAUUGUUGUGUGUGUUUGUAUGUGUGGCUUCACGGUGUCCCUUUUCCUUCCCCAGCCUCCUCGGAUAAUCUGGCCAGGCUCUGGUGUGUGGAAACAGGCGAGAUCAAGCGGGAAUACAGUGGGCAUCAGAAAGCGGUCGUGUGCCUUGCUUUCAAUGACAGCGUCUUGGGCUGAGAAGGAAGGCUGCGUUCACAAGAUUGCUGCAAGACUGGUUUUUUUGGGGGGGGUCAGGUGUGCAAAGACUGUGUUGCCACCCACAGCUGCCUUUCUGCAGAAGAGCCGGAUUCAAGUAAAAUUGAAGCCACCUUAACCAUCUUUGCACAGUGGCAGGCAGUUUUAAAACAGAACCCCCAGAUUUUGUUUGGCGUAAGAUCUUUGUGCAAAAGUAUCGCAUAACAAAGAGUGGUUUGUAAGGAGAAACUGUGACACUCAGCACCGAUGUUACUGUAUGGGAUGGAUCUCCCAACACAGGGUUUCAACUUGCUCUCUUUGGGGAACUGCUUUUGUUUAGGUGAGGCUGCCCUCUGUUCCUUCCAUUCACCGUUGCCCAACGUAAACGGCUAAGCGGACAUUCCAACUAAUGUGCAUACAUCCCUCCCCCCUUCUCCCACGCCAGGAGCAAAGGUAGGCGGCCUCUGUUGCAAGCUUGCCACCUCCUGCUCCAGAAGGCUCACUGCAGUUGGAAGAAAAAUGGUUUACCCUCAUUGCUUUCAUGGUUAUAAACUGCUGGAUUGGAUCAGAGGCCCAUCUAGGCCAGCUGCACCAGUGGGAAGCUCACAAGUAGGAUGUGAGCACAGGAAAACUCAUCACUGUGGUUCCUGUUUUGCGGGGGUUGGACCAGAUGACCCUUUGUGUCCUUUCCAACACUGCAAUUCUGUGAUUUCUCCUCUGCUCCUGGAGGUUACUGUUUUGACUAGUAGUUAUUGAUAACCCUUUUCAUCCUCCAUGAAUUGUCUAGAGUAGAGACCCCUCUCAAAUCCAUCCAGGUCAGUAGCCAUCACUGCAUCUUGUUGGAGCAACUUCCCAUAGUUCAGCUAGAACUUGCUUCUGUCCCUCCUGAUUUUUCCAACAUUGGCAUCAUUGGACAAUCCAGGGUUUGGAGGGCAGCAUUAUGUGAGAGCUGAAUCUAACUGAAUCAAGUUGCAAGUAAAAAUGCAGUUAGGCCUGACAUUCAAUGCUGGAGCCAGGCGUGGGGAGAGUGAGCAAUGGCUUCUCCCCGGCGUUGGGGGGCCGCACCCUGUUCUGGGCUCAGAAGUGCCUUUAUUAGUUACCAGACUAUUUAAAUGCAGCCUUCCCCCAUAUGGUACUCUCCAGCUGUUUUGGACUACAACUCCCAUAAGCUCCAGCACCCUAUGGCAAUGCUGUCUGUGACUGGCAUCAAGUCGUAGUCCAAAAAAGCUGGAGAGCACCAGCUUAAGGAAGGCUGGUUGAGUAACUGAGCUAGCCAAGCAGUGUACUGCUGUCAUUCCGGUCCACAGAAUUGGAAAAAAAAGGACUGAAAAGGACCUCCAGCAGGGAAGUGUGCUUGGAGAAGUGCAAGCGUGCUUUUAGCCCUGGGGGGUGGGACACAGGAGUUCUUGGUUCCUCUCUUUUCUCCCUCCCUCCCUUGCUGCUAUUAACACACAUCUCAAGCUGCUCAUUUCCUCAUUUUUUGUGCUUUUAAUUAUUGUCACACAUGCACACACACCAGGGUAGCUCCUUAAAAUGAGUGGUUUGUGGUUUUUCUUAAAAAAUACUUUGAUUUAC